GUAAGUAUGGAGAGGGUAACUUCUGGUGAGGGGAGUAUCACUAGAGUGCCCGCGGAUACCGAUUUAACAUCUUUGCUUUACCUAAUAUCGCAUCAAAACGGAAAAUUGAUUCAUGAAAAUGCUGUGGUACUAUUCGCUGAUCAUCAUGCCUGAUAUUCUUCUUCUUAACCUUAAAAUAAAUGUGUACGUUUUAAAUAACUUCUAAAUUCAAAAUGGCAGAGUUAAUGUUAACACAGGAAGAUUUAAUACAGAAACAUAAAAAAGAACGAAAAGAAUUGCAAGCGCAAAUACAAAAUUUGAAAAAGUCUAUUUGUAAGGGUGAUAAGAAAAAAAAGAAGGAAGUCACUGAAGAAAUCAAUCACCUGGAAGAAACUUUAGAGAAAAAACAAGAAGAGGAACUGACUGGAUGGAAAGUUGCACACUUUAAUAUUAAUAAUACAGAAGAUGAAAAUGCAGAAAAUAAUAGUAAUAAAGAAACAGAUGACAAACAUAAUGAACAACCAAUGCACCGAAUUUCAAAAGCACAAAAAAGAAGGGAUAAAAAGGCAAAUGCAGAAAAAGAACGUAAUCAAAGAAUCAUAGAGCAGGAAGCUUUAAAUGUAUUUGGUAAAAGAAAUAUGGAAUUACAAACCAUAAAAAAAAUUCUGUAUGAACGUGGUCUAACGAUUUAUGAAAUUCCAAGCGAUGGUCAUUGUUUGUAUAAUGCUGUUGCGCAUCAACUGAAAAUUGUAGGAGAGGUUCCAUUAAAUUUUCGUGAAUUAAGAUCAAAAACUGCUACAUAUUUAAGGGAAAAUAUGAAUGAAUUUUUGCCAUUCAUUUCUAACCCAAAUUCUGAUGAUUUUCUGUCACCAGAACAAUAUGAGAAAUAUUGCAACGAUGUGGCUGACACGAGUGCUUGGGGCGGUGCAGUUGAGUUACAAGUUCUUUCACAUAUAUUUAAAUGUCCAAUUGAAGUCAUUCAAGCAUCAGGUGUACCAUAUAUUAUUGGAGAUGAUUACAAUAAUGACAAAAAGAUGAUAUUGACUUAUCAUCGCCAUAUGUAUGAACUAGGUGCACAUUAUAAUUCUGUUACAAAAUAUGUUCAAGAAGAAGAAAGUUGAUGAAGACAAAUAGCUUUCUUCUGUACUUCCUGUAAUGAGAAAAUGAAGUAUCUCAUUUCUUAAUACAUUUUACCAAGAUAAAAUAAAUGAACCAUUAAAAGAGCUGCCACAAUUCAAGAGUCCAGGAAACAUAUCAAAUUUAAAUUAAUAUUUCAACGUUUCUCUGGUAACUCAUCUAUUGAUUACUAUUUAAAAAUUAAUAUAAACUGUUACAGUAAAUGGUAUUUAUUAAGGUAACACAAUAUAAUAGGUCUUCCUUUAAGUUCUUUUUGUACAUGGUUAUAAGAUUCUUGAAAGAAUUCUAUUUAUUUAUUACUUAAAUGUUUGACAAUAUAAAGAAGCUGCCAGUGAAUUGCAAGUACGCAUGGUUUAGUACUUGCUUAUUCCAAAGUUGUACUGUAAAUAUCUAUUAAUUUUUAAUUAUGAUUUACAUAUUUUAUAAUAAAUGUUUAAUUUUACACUGAACUUUAAUAAAUAUUUUAAGAAAACUUACUACAGCUGAAAUGUUAAAAUUACGUGUGUGAAUAUGUAUUAAUACUUUUCAUGUGUGUUCUUACUAGAUU